AUGGUUUCUCAAGUGGUUGAUUCCAUGAGAGAGAGAGCUGAGAUCAUUGUUGGAGAGAUUGAGUGCCAAAAGAAGGCAAUCCAACUCCUUAAUGAGUUCAGCAUCCCCGGGGGACUCCUCCCUCUAGACAACAUAGUAGAAGUUGGUAUAGUCCGAUCUGAAGGCUUCAUAUGGCUCCGGCAGAAGAAGAAGAAGGACCAUUACUUCGAGCAGAUUAGCAGGAGUGUCUCCUUCGCAGCAGAAAUCACUGCAUUCAUUGAGCCUCGACGGAUGAAGAAGGUAACUGGUGUGAAGGCAAAGGAGCUCCUUCUCUGGAUUGGGGUCUCGGAGAUGUUGGUGGACAAUUCAAAUGCGGGGAAUAUCCAGUUUAAGACACAUACUGGGAUUUCCCGUUCAUUUCCUGUUUCAGCUUUUGUAAACUGA